AUGGAACGUGAUGAGAAUGCGAUUUUGUUGCAUGAUGUUAAACCAAAAGAUGAUUCUUCCUCAGUUGAAAUCACACCUGAAAACACCUCCUCCAACCAACCAUUACCAAAUGAUGAAAAGAAACCUAGACGAAACUUGGGAGUUUCUUUCAGUGGUGGUGGAAUUCGCUCAGCAAGUUUUAUGGUUGGCGUGAUUGAAGCUUUAGUUUUUAGCGAAGGUGAAUUAAUGACAAAUGUAAAAGAAUUCUCAAGUGUGAGUGGAGGUGGCUAUGCUUCGUCUAGUUUCUACUCUUAUUUGAUCGCUCAAUUAACUCAACCAGAGCAACCUAACAAUCCAUUCGAAACAGCAUUCAAGCAAAUGAAAGAAACCUUUGAAAGAAAUUCCAAUUAUUUAGUUUCUGGAAUAGCUGCCUUGCGAACUGCUUGUUUCUUUCUUGUUGGUGCUUUACAUAAUUUUUUAUUGUGGUUUUGUUUGUGCAUCUUGCUUGGAAAUUUCUUAUUUGCAGGUGUUGUUUAUAAUGUCAAUGACAAUGCCACUGGUCAGAUGACAAGUUAUUUGAGCCACGUUCCUUUAAUUAGUAAUGGGACUAUUUCUGUGAGUGAAAAGACAGAUAAGGCACAGUAUUUCAUAUUAUCAUUCUUGCAAUUUACGAGUAUUGCUAAUGAUAUAGUUCAGGGAAAGUAUACUUCUUUUGGAUGGUCAGUUUUUCCAAGAGAGUUAGUCAUUACUGUAUUUUCCAUUCUAAUGGUAUUGGUUUUGGUUCUUAUUACUUGGGUUGUUAAAGUGAGAUAUGUCAAUCAUUACAAUAAUGGUUUCUUUGAUUGUUUGAUGGAUGGUUUUAACUCUUUCUUGCAAUGUUUUAAUUUCAUUUUGAAAUAUGAAUCAGUUAAAAGGAUAUGGGGAGGUUUUAAAAUUGUGUUCAUAUAUUUUCCAGCUGCAAUUAUAGGAGUAGGCGGAUUAUUGAUUUUACCUUUGUUAGCAUUGAGUUUCUUGCUUUCCAUUUUUGUAGAAUGUUUAAAGUUUACAAUGUUUGUAGAAGGAUUGAUUUUAGUAUCUUGGGGAGAAUCCUCCUUCUUAGCUUCGCACCACAUCUUUAAUUCUUUGUAUUUGGUGGGAUGGAUAGUUAUGGCUAUUAUCUUUGGUUUCAUCUUUGCUACAGGAAAGAAUAUUUUCAAAUUGGGCGAAACUGUUGCAAUGGGUUUAUCUGGCUUCUUUCUAAUCGUUUGUACUCCAAUUAUGUUGUUGUGGAUUGCAAGUCACUUUUGUCUGUGGCAAAUAUUUGGUGAUUACGGAGAGUUUACAAUGAUACCAACAAUCAACAAUUCAGAAGCUGAGCUAGUAUGUUUGAAAACUUUUGCAUCGAUUUGGGUUGCCAUUGAGCUAUUCAUGUCCGAGUAUUUGAAUUCUGCAUUCAGAGAGCUCUACAAUUCUGGUUUGAAAAACUUUCUUCAUUCGAAUAUUUGUGUAAGCAAAGCAGGAGAAAGACAAGACCUACCAAUUUUCACAUUUAAUUGUUGUGUUAAUAAUUUGGCUGAGAAAGAAGGUAGCUGUGGUCACUAUAGCUUCUCUUCUACAGGAAAAUGCCGUUCCAUUACUCAUAAUUUACCCAAGCUUGACACUUCUAAUCUUUCCCUGUCAACUGUUGUUUCCAUUUCAGGAGCUGCUGUUUCCUUAAUGCUUGGUGAGGCUCUUAAUAUUCCUCUUGUUUCUCAAUUCGUUGCAUUUGUUCUAUAUAUUUUAGGUAUAAAUAUUGGAGAGUGGGUUGAUUUGGGAAAUUACAAAACGAAAACAAUUGACAAAUUUUUCAAAUGGUUUUUGUUAGUUUGUGUCUUUUUGACUAAUUUGAACGUUUUUGAAGGAAUUUAUAGUAGUGGUUUAAUUUACGGUUCAUGGUUGUAUAGAAUAAUUGUUAUUGGUGUAAUUAUGUAUUCUUUUGGAUUGCAAAUUAUUAUAGGGCUAGUUUUGAGAUUGGUGAAUAUUGGACGAAAUCCUGAAUACUCUUUAUAUCAAAUAUUCUUCAACAUUUUUAGCCUGCAUUACAUCCCACUCUUUAGAGCAUUAUUGAUGAUAGUGGGAUAUCCAGAUAAUGUCACAUCAAAGACUUAUUUCCUCUCAGAUGGAGGACAUUACGAAAAUCUAGGAUUACUGAACUUGCUCUACAAUAUGAGAAGUGAAAUAUUCGCAUUCGAUGCAACUGAAGAUAGUAAAUUGUCUCUUUCAGAAUUGAGUAGUUGCUUGGAGAAGGCCAUUAGAUUCAAUAUCAUUAAGGAGGAUUCUAUUAAAUGUUAUCCGAGCAAGAGUCGUGCAAAUAAUAAUGAUUACAAGUAUUCAGUGGAUGAUCUUAUGAGGAUUGACUUAUGGGAAACUAGAGCUCAUCAAGAUGAGGGUGCCCUUAUCAAAUUAUCCAGAAGUAACUUUCUGUACAUUGAAUUUGAAUACACUGAAACACAUGUGAAAAAUUCGAAUCCACAACCAAAACAACAACCAAAACAAGAAAAACAAACAUCCACCAAUACUACACAACAAGCACAACAGCCAACACCUUCCUCUGCUUCAAAUACUAAUAAUACCAAUUGCACAUCAUCAAUAGAGAAUGCUUCUCCAACCACAGAUAUUACUUCCAAAUCAUCACCAAAAGAACAAACACAACCUGAAUCAACCAAUAAUAUAUCCGAAUCCACAGCAGCCAAUGACCCACCACAACAAGAAACUGAAUCAAGAAAAGGCUGUCUUUGGUAUGGAAAAGCAACCUUAACAGGAGAAGAAGAUGACCGAAUUAAAUUCUAUCAAUCCAACAAUAAUGUCUUUCCUCAUCACAGCACCCUAUUCCAAUUAUUUUCCAAAGAGGACUUUUCAGCUUAUAGAUUAUUAGGAAAGCAUGUUGCCUCAUGUAUUACCAAUGAUUAUUUAGCUAAUCAAAAUUAGUUCUCAAUAGUUUUUCUUCAAAUAAUAAUAAAAAGAUAAUAAUC